UUUGGGGCAGUUAAUUUCUUUACAGCUCUGUCACAAUACCUCAUCCAAACCACACCCCGAAUUCCACCACCUUCACAACCACAAUUGUCAGUCUCCCAUUGGGAUCGCUUUGAUGCUUACCGUCGUCUGUCAAUCCCUUAUCCACACUUGCAUGCCGUCCAUAUGUCGAAAUCCAUGGACCGCAUCCGUGCAGUGCCUUACACCCCACCUUCUGGUCGGUCAGCAGGGUCGCCAGGGCAAUUUGAUACAGUCCUCGUGCAAAGAGAAGGCAAUACUAAUGUACAUACUCGAGGGACUGCAUUGGAAGGUCUUCAAGUGGCACAAGUCUGCCUGAUAUUCAACUUACCAAUUCACCUGCGCACUGCUGGACAGCCUUUCCACCUUGCACUCAUUGAAUGGUUCAAUCCAUUCCGCACACGCAAUGCAUUGUUGGAGCUUCACACAGUCUCACGUUCAUAUGCUGGUCAAGCACCUCGCACUGAGGUGAUCCCCAUCAGUCAAAUUGCUGGGAGUUGUCAUCUUAUACCCAAGUUCGGCACACAUGUCAACCAAACGUGGAGGUGGGAUUUCAUAUUGGACGCAUGUAAAUCAUUCUACCUUAACCCUUGGAUUGACAUGUAUAGCUUCUACAAA